GCUGGUAAAUAGCUUUGCAGUAUGUAGUUAUAUUUUGAUUCAGUCUGAAGCAACAGGUAGUUCAUGCGCACUCAGCACGUGUUUCAAACGUGAGAGUAAUCGGUAUUUGUUGUCUCUGUCGCGCUUGAACGCAUGCAAUUUAUUGCCGCGUUGUUGACGACAAACAAUUGUUGCUGUUAAAUUAAGUGAAAUUAAGUGACAAAAAGAUGCUGCGAAAAGUGCCAUUGAUUGUUAUACUGGGCUCUACGGGAACGGGGAAGACGAAACUAUCACUAGAACUAGCUGAACGUUUUGGCGGCGAAAUCAUCAGCGCCGAUUCAAUGCAAGUUUACACAAAUCUGGACAUUGCCACAGCGAAGGCAACCAAAGAGGAGCAGUCACGUGCCACACAUCAUUUGCUGGACGUAGCAACUCCCACAGAGCCUUUUACAGUGACACACUUUCGCAAUGCAGCGUUGCCCAUCAUAGAGCAAUUGCUGGCCAAGUCGAAGCCACCAAUUGUGGUGGGUGGCACUAAUUACUACAUCGAGUCUCUGCUCUGGGACACUCUGAUUAACACACAAGAUGAGCAGGCGACAGACGAACAUGAGCAGCCAUUGGACAGCCUGACAACACUGGAGCUGCAUAAACAUUUGGCCCAGAUCGAUGCGAGCAGCGCAAAUCGCAUACAUCCGAAUAAUCGACGCAAGAUCGAACGUGCCAUUGAAGUAUAUCGAAGCACCGGCCAGACUUUGACUGCCAAGCUGCAGGAGCAGCGUCAGCAACCGGGUGGCAAUCGCUUAGGUGGUCCACUGCGUUAUCCACACAUUAUACUGCUCUGGCUGCGCUGUCAACAGGAUGUGCUCAAUGUGCGGCUGGACAAGCGUGUGGAUGGCAUGUUGCAGCAGGGAUUGCUAUCGGAGUUGCGACAAUUCCACGACAGCUACAAGGGAGUGACAGCGGAAUACACCAAAGGAGUGUUGCAGACCAUUGGCUACAAAGAAUUUGUGCCUUAUUUGGAGAAGUACAAUACAGAUCAGGAUGCAAAAUUGGAGGCGUAUUUACAGUUGCAUCAAUAUCAGCUGCCCAGCAAGGAGCAUCUCUUGACUAUGACUGAAGAUGAGGCACAGCUGGCUGAAAGUUUGCAGCUGCUGAGUAGUUGUUGCGAGGAGCUGAAGCUAGUAACGCGUCGAUACUCAAAGAAACAGUUGAAGUGGAUCAACAAUCGCUUCUUGGCCAGCAAAGAUCGUCAGGUGCCCGAUCUCUACGAGUUGGACACGAGUAAUGUGGCUGCUUGGCAAGAGCAGGUCUUUAAGCGUGCCGAGUGCAUCAUUGAGAGCUAUCGUCAGGAGCAGAUCUGUGAGAUUGAGCCGAUGGCAAAGCGUGUGCAUCCUGGCGCUGAUCUUGACGAGGAGACGAGCAACUUUUGUGGCAUCUGCGAGCGUCACUUCAUUGGUGAAUAUCAAUGGCAAUUGCAUUUGAAGUCCAACAAACACAAACGGCGUCGAGAGUCAAAGCGACGCAAGGAACGGGAAGCAGAGGCGGAGGCAGCGACGAAAGCGUCUCAGAUUCAGACCCCAAUCGAAGCUGCAGCUGCUGAUAAGGAGGCGUAAAGGCGAUGACACCCGAGUAAUAAAUACAAUCUAUUUACGUAUACACAAAACCUGAGAAGUUGCCUUGUUUUUUCAAUACCCGACAGUGAGAGUUUGUAGAGGGAUAUGCUCGUUAUAUGGCUGCGAAUAGUUAAGUGUAGUUUUAAUA